AUGGCGCGGUACUCCCCACCGUCGCUGCGACGCUUCUUCCACUGCGCCGCCAGUUCCGCCUCCCGAGCCGGAGGCAGCGGCACUGGGAAGAAGAACCUUGUAUUCUUGGGAUCGCCCCAGGUGGCCGCGUCGGUCCUGGACAAGCUGCUGGGCGCGUCCGGCUCCCCGGAAUCCGCAUUUAAGGUGGCUGCCGUCGUGACGCAGCCGCCGGCCGCCAAGAACAGGGGGAGGAAGCUGAUGCCGUCGGCCGUCGCGCAGUUAGCGCUCGACCGCGGGUUCCCAGAGGAACUCGUCUUCACGCCAGAACGAGCCCGGGAGGAGUCGUUCCUGUCGGCCUUGAAGGGAGUGGAACCGGAUGUUUGCAUAACUGCUGCUUACGGGAACAUUCUGCCCCAGAAAUUUCUUGAUAUCCCAUCGUGCGGCACAGUUAAUAUACACCCAAGUUUGUUGCCUCUAUAUCGUGGUGCAGCUCCUGUGCAGAGGGCACUGCAGGAUGGUGUUGCAGAAACAGGUGUUUCCCUUGCAUAUACUGUUCGUGCGUUGGAUGCAGGUCCAGUGAUUGCGUGUGAAAGGUUUUCUGUUGAUGAAUGUAUUAAGGCACCAGAGCUACUUUCUAUGCUGUUUGAGUUAGGAUCCAAGCUAUUGAUUAAUGAACUGCCAUCCAUUCUUGAUGGUUCGGCUAAAGAAAAGGCACAACCACAGGAUGACUCCAAAGCUACACUGGCACCAAAGUUAAAUUCUGAGGAGUCAUGGCUAUCGUUUGACCAAGAAGCUAAAGUGCUCCAUAACAAGGUGCGGGCAUUUGCAGGAUGGCCUGGGACACGUGCAAAGCUGCAACUCGUAAACCAAAACAGUGUACCUGACGUGCUAGAGAUUAAGGUUAUCAGCACGAAGGUUUCAACAUCAUGUGUCAAAGUUGGAGAUGAAAACGAGAUACUAUUCUCCGGGAGCUCGUUGCUGAUUCCUUGCAGUGGUUCAACCUGGCUCGAGGUGUUGGAGCUUCAACUCCCUGGAAAGAAAGUAACAAAGGCACAAGAUUUUUGGAAUGGUUUGCGUGGUCAGAAGCUGAUGAAAUUGCCUUAG